AUGCCUGAUAUUGUAGUUGUCCAUCAAUUGAGCAACGGUUUGGCCGUGCCGCGCCCCGGGGAUGCGGGAGUAUCAAUGAACUCCAACUUGAGCGGGCUCUCAGGGCCUACCUUGGUCCAUAGCAGUUUGAGAACGGUGAUUGGGCAGUCAGAGCGUGCUGGACCAGAUUCACUGGUUGCGAAGGAGGAAGACCCUCUUCAGAUCUUGAACGAUGAGCUCAAGGUUGCCAAUGCUAUCAAGGAGGGAGCGGAGAACAUGCUCCAGGUGCCUCUGACAGAUGCGCUGCGAGUACAGGUGGAGACCGAGCUCGAGAAUGCGAAGAACCAAAUCAGUGCACUCACUAAGACGAUUGAGACGCACUCGUCACGAGGGACUCGUAAGAAGAGCAAUGAAUCCUCGAAAGGCAGAUUCGGGUUCGGUAGACCACCUGCUCUACGUCCGAAACGGCCAUCUGACGCUGCGGACCGAGACGAUUUCCGAUUUGCUAUGCAGCAAGCCGUUUCUACACUUACUACUCUAGCGUCGUUGACCCGACACCCUGCUGUAACAAAGUCUCCCGCGUCCUUGUCUCCCUCGGCUUCUCCGUCAGGCUCCAAUUUGUCCAAACCGACGGUCAUGGACAUCGUCGAGUUGGAUCGCGCUAGAGUGAAUGCAAUGACCAGCCUCGUUGGUUUACUCCAGCGCAAUCUUCGCGUCCGAUAUGAAUUAGAUAUUGCUGGAGUGGUUCAAGCCGUGUUGCCUUCGCUUUCGGAUCGCUCGACCAAAUGGUGUCGAGCAACCGCGUACAGGCUCAUCAGACAUGCACUGGUAGAUGCGCAUACGGUGGAGCGUCUUCGGGAGCAAAAGCUCGAUUGGUACAUUAUUAAGUCACUUGUUCGAGACAACAAAUUCGCGGUAGAGAAAGAACAAGUCAUCAAGCUCAUCCGCACCAUUGUCGAGAUCGGAUCGCAGCGACGGGUGCCCGACUCCACGGUCGGCUCUGGCGUAGUUCCCCUCUCAACCGCAGUCAUGCAUGCGCUGAUUGCAGUGGCGGAGUCGGUGGACGACCCAUUCAGGCCAAUAUCCAUACAGACGCUGACCGAGAUAUUGCUAAUCGACAUUGACCUCAUGGCAAAAACCGGCGGGAUACGGACGCUCCUUCACGCUAUGGCUGAGGGUCCCCCGGAGAUGGCGUCGCUCCUCGCUUCUGCUUUUCUGCAUAUCGUGGAUUCGCCUCGAACAAGAGUGUACCUCCAUCCCGGGAUUGACCUAGAGAUUGCGCUUUCUGGAGUCAUAGAUGCAUAUGGCAAGGGUCCAGAAAAUGCAGAGCGGAUGCGGGCGUGUGCUCGGCUCAUAACAUCUAUGUUGAAGACAUGGAGCGGCCUCAUGUACUUCUGCGUGCAUGAUAAGCUCGCCAUCCGCACCUUGAUAGAUGGGCUUCGAAUACCUUCCCUCGAGACACGGGAAAUCCUCAUUGAUAUGUUCUUUGACCUCUUAAAUAUCAGGCCGCCUGAAUGGCAUCAAGCCUUUAUCGAUGGUCGACGACUAACAAUGUACCGAAAGGCACAGCCCGUGGACCAAAACAAACUUCCUGAACAGAAGCCACCGCCUACUUUGAAAGUCACAGAUCAGUACAUUGCCCUGCUAAUUCAAGUCUUCUCGAGAGCAGGCUUAUUGGACGCCUUGACGUCUAUGCUAGAAGAGAGCGCCGUCGGAUCUAUCUUGUCCCGCAAGGCAGUUCUACUGAUGGCGGAAGUGUUGCAAACAGCGAACCGCGUACUACCUUUGUCGAUUGCGGCGUCGCUACAGGCCUUGCCUCACGUGUUCAACCUAGCAUCAGAAUAUACUUCUGGUGAACACCGGAUAGUCGGUACCUCAGCACUUUCAUCCCUCGACAGUUUCAAUCGACACCAGGCACGCAUCAAUCCACUUGCGGCUGUGGAGAAAGAUUGUAUCCGACCUAGAGCCAAUUCUGUUGAAGAGAUGUUGCGACGUCCAAGACAGCUGGAGCAGCAGAAGGUUAAGCAAGCAUUCGCUAUGGAUGACAAGACAUUCCAGUCCCUCCUGCUGGAGACACAGGUCAUGCUCACAAAAGAUCUGACAAAGUGGAACCAUGAUGUUCUUGCUGAGCUCAUAGAAGGACCGCUUCUCAACCCUAAGCGAAUGGAGGAGGCCAUCCGUGUAUCGCGGUACAUGCGAAAGCUCGUGUCCUUCUUCCAUCCGUUCAGCGAUCGAUUCUCGAAGCUGGCGAAGACCAAGGCAAACAUCCGUUGGGUCCGGCUGGGAUGUGCACUCCUUAAUACAUUGUUAUCGACUAGUGAAGGCAUUCGGUUCCUCGCUGAAGACGAGCUGCUGGCCCAGAUUGUCAAGGGUUUUGCACAGCUUGAUCCUUUCAACAGCGUACCAACCUCGGAGCCGAUCUUCUCGAAGAAACGGAUGCAAGAGACUUUGACGUAUGGCUAUUUCGAGAUGCUUGGGGUAUUGAGUAAACGCAAAGAGGGCCUCGAGCUCCUCGAGAAAUUCAAGCUGUUCACUGCUUUCUACCACCUGAGCGAAUUGCGAAGCCGAGAAGACCUCACCAAGGGGAUUAUUGAAAAUUUGGAUUAUGGCAUCGACGGGCAUUCGCGCAUCGUGUUCUCAAAGGCUCUCACUUCAAGUUAUAAGCACAUACGCCUCUUCGCCACCAAUCACUUAGGCUCCCUAAUACGUGCCUCGACGACUGCGAACGCGUGGACAUUGCGUUUGUUAUUGACACAGCUCUACGACCCGGCUUUUGAAGUUCGCGAAGUUGCUGUGCGCUAUCUAGAGGAGGCUUGCGAGGCGCCAGAUGUCCUGCAAAUGGUGGUAGAGAUGCAACCCACCCUGGAGCAUCUCGGCGAAAUGGGACAUGCCCUAAUGUUGAAGUUCAUGUCGACUCCAACUGGUUUCCGCUUCCUCUACGCUGCUGACUAUAUUGACCGCGAGAUGGACUUGUGGUUCCAUGAGCGAAACUUACAGUACGCGACAUACAUGGAAAUCUUCCUCGCAAGGGCCUUCAGUGCAGUCAACAACGAUGACCAGGAGAAGCCCUUAACUCUUGAAGCAUCCGUUCCACCACAUUUCUAUGGCGUCAUGGCCAAGACAGAACUAGGGUACCACGUACUUCAAGAGAAGGGGCAUUUUGUCGAAUUUGCACAUUUCAUUCGGCAGCAUGGCAUGGAGUGCUUGGACCACGAGCGCAUAAUGAAACUUAAGAGUAUCCUAUGGGCGGUAGGGAAUAUAGGGGCUACUGAGGGCGGACUGCCUCUGCUGGAAGAGGAAGAGAUCAUUCCGGCUAUCAUGGAUAUCGCGGAACGCUCAUUGGUUCUCUCAGUGCGAGGAACGUGUUUCUUUGUCCUCGGUCUGAUCUCAUCUACGCCUCAAGGAGCGGAGAUAUUGGAUGACUAUCACUGGGAAGCCACACUCUCACCCCUUGGAAUGCCGACCGGGCUGUGCGUUCCUGUGGAUGUAGACAAAUUCACGGACAUUCCGUCUUGGGAAUGUGUAACCCGGGAAGGGGCAGAUGUCAUCCGUCUAGAACCUCCGAAAUCAGUAGAAGAGACUGAGGUCAUGACGGCAAUUUACAAUCUCGCAAACACAGUCAUCGCAAACACGGCGUCACGAUCGCUUGCGAAGAUGAAAUCUCUCCCGGAGUAUCGCGACAUCUUCGGCUCACCCAGCACGCUUUAUCGUGCCUUGCAUACCAUAUCGUCACAGAAAUAUCGGCUGCCGGUCCGCCGAUUUAUUCUGGACCUCUUUAGCCUGGAGCUGGAUACCGAGCUUGCCACUAAGCUAUCCGAAUGUGCUGACGCCCUACAGAUGAAGCCCUCUGCGAAGCCCGCCCGUCCCGGCCUGACCAGGAUCAUUAGUAUGGUCGGUCGCCCCAGCAACAAGCAGCGGGCAUCGGACAGUGACGAAGACGACUCCAGUGAGGAUCGACAGGCGGUUGUUGCGGAGAGGCGCCCUGUCAUGAGUCUUCGUCCUGUCAGCCGUAUCGUUGGAUUUGAGGAGAACAGUUGA